AUGGCUAACAUUUCCGGGUAUGUAAACCUACUAACUAGUCAAAUCCCCAUUGACCUUGAAUCACCCGGUAGCCAAGUUCCCGAUGAGCCUGGUGAGAAGGUUAGGAGGAAAUGGACUAUCACAGAUGAUAAAAUCCUUAUUGGUGCGUGGCUUAACACCAGUAAGGACCCUGUGGUGAGCACUGAACAGAAAGCUGAUGCUUUCUGGAACCGUAUCGUUGACUACUACAACGCAAGCCCUCUCCUGGUGGGAAAACCGACAAUUGUCUUAGAGGCUGUGGCUUCACAAGAUCUUUGGAUUUGGCACGCUUUCUUCGGUCCACCAGGUACUUUAAACGAUAUUAAUGUCUUGGAUAGGUCUCCUGUCUUUGAUGACAUUUUUGAAGGCCGAGCUCCCACGGUAGAGUAUGUGGUCAACGGACACAACUAUAACUUGGCUUACUAUCUCACUGACGGUAUCUAUCCCAAAUGGGCAACCUUUAUCCAAUCUAUCACAAGUCCUCAAGGCCCUAAGGCAGAAUUAUUUGCUAAAAAACAAGAAGCAACCCGGAAAGAUGUGGAAAGGGCUUUCGGAGUAUUGCAAUCUCGAUUUGCGAUUGUGAAGAACCCGGCUCUUUCAUUGGACAAACAGAAGAUUGGGAAGAUUAUGAGAGCAUGUAUUAUACUACACAAUAUGAUAGUCGAAAAUGAACGAGAUGGUUACAUUCGGUACGAUGAUUAUGAAUUUGAAGAAGAAGACGGCCCAAGAAGUUCACGGGUCGGUAACGACAUGCCUACAAAUAUCCAUAAUAUUAUCGGCAUGCGGAACGAUGUUCGCGAUACCCAGGCACAUCAUCGAUUGAAAUAUGAUUUAAUAGAAAAUAUUUGGAACAAAUUUGGUGAUUCAUAA